UCCGAUAGAUACCUUUCAUUGGGCCUGAUGGACAUUCACCAUUGUCCACAUCGUACCUUACAAACCAGCUACAACUCAUCAACGCUGCAACCAGUCCUGCGUUUUUCGUAUCAGUAUGCGGACUCUUCUUGAGCUUAUUGGGCGCCGUGGCCAACCGUUUGCCGUUGGAAGUUCAGUUGAUCCACCUUCCGCAAGCGAGCUUGAGGUUCAGAAGAUGUCUCUUCAGCCACCAGUUGCAAUUGACGCUUCUUUCGAAAUUGACCCAAGCACUGUCAUCAGGGAUAGCCGUUACCCGAUCGCUUCGAGUACUUUUGGAGAGAUUUACAGAUGUAUCUUGGACAGGGGCGCAAGUCAGAAAUUCGAAGAAGUUGCAGUAAAAUGUUCAUCGUUUCCACAUCUAAGCGACGCUGAAGUCGCCAGGAUCAACCAUAGGAUUGGCCGGGAACUCAGCAUCUGGGCCAUGUUAGAGCACCGGUAUAUAUUAUGCCUGUAUGGCACUGUACAAGGUUUCGGUCUAUUCCGUGCUGUCGUCUCCCCCUGGAUGCCAAACGGGACUUUGAACUCCUACUUAAAUCGCGCUGAUCUCACGGAAAUGGACAAGCUUACCCUGUUUAAACAAAUCGUGGAAGGUCUCAAAUAUCUUCACGACAACAACGUGAUUCAUGGUGAUCUAGCUAAUCAUAAUAUCCUGGUUGCUGCCGAUGGAUCCCCGCGCCUUGCGAACUUCCAUUUCUCGAAUACUAUGGCAGAGUCUAACCCGGCAUUCUCUUACCAUAAUGGCGCAGUUCGUUGGGUUGCUCCAGAGCUCUUGGACCCACCCGAAGACACCGUGCAAUGCGCCACCAAAUCCAGUGAUAUAUAUGCUCUCGGGUGUAUCAUGCUUGAGGUAUUAUACGGGAAAGUGCCCUACCGGUGGUUGAAAUCUGCUGUACAUGUUGUUUCGGCGAAGUUCAAACGCACAGAGCCAAUUGAUGACACCUCGCAAAUUCAAGCACAUCACCUCACUUAUAUGCGGCGGUGUUGGUCACCCGAAUCUCGCCCAUCCGCGGAGGAGACUCUAGCGUUCAUUGAUGGGUUGUUUCCAGAUGUUCUCGACUGGCCUUUGUUCUACACCCUUCGAGAAUUACCUAACCAGGUGAUCACAGCAUAUGAGCAUCGCGGUACUGUGGCAGGGGGUCUAGGCGAUGUCUGGAAAUGUAGUUGGCGCAAAAACUCGAAGGAAACUGAAGUUGCGGUCAAAUCAGUUAGGAUUCCUCAUACGGGCAAUAAAGAUGAAGUCAAACAAAUAACUGAGAUGAUUACUCAAGAGGCUGCUGCUUGGGCCGAGUCGUCACAUCAUAAUAUCCUGCCCCUGUAUGGCACGAUCCCUUACUUCGAACCUCUUCCCGCCUUUAUGUUUCCAUGGAUAGCCAAUGGCUCGCUGACGGACUAUCUACAACAGGAGUUCUCCCGUUUGUCAGAAACCAGGAAAACUGACAUUUUGAACCAAGUGGUGUCUGCGCUGAAGUACUUGCACGAUAAUGGCAUCGCUCAUGGUUCUUUGACAAGAUGACGUGUUUCUCGACGGCUCUGGCAGGGUCUACCUGGCUCAUUUUGGUCGUCUCUCCAAUAUUUUUGCCCGAGGACAAGCCCCUGUAUCUGGUUUAGCAACUACCUUUGAACUGAGGUACAUUGCGCCCGAACUCCUCACUAUUGUAGAUGCAGGAGCCUCAAGAUCGAGUAAGGCUGGAGAUAUUUAUUCGUUUGGCUGUCUCAUGAUCCAGGUGUUGUUAGGAAAGAUACCUUAUUGCUGGAUUCG